AUGGACCCCCCAGAGGAACCCCAUCUACCAUCUACCAUCCAGGCACAGCAGCUCUUCUUUAUCGAAACCAGUCAAGAAGGUGCCGGCAGAUUAGAUGCCAAGUCGCGUCAUCUGGUGCGUGCCCAGGCCAGGCGAUCAGCGUCUCAUAUAGAACCAUGGACACUCCAAGAAAGACGUCAACGUAACAGCGGCAGUCCGCAGUCUUUCAAAUCCAAAUUCAAACUGGCCUCUUGGCAGCGUCCCAGAAGGUCGAACAAACAAACCAACGAUUACCAUCAAGAUAUACCCAUCCCUUCACUUUUGCCAGCUCAACUGGCAGCGGUUAAUACUCUGCCAAUACCCAUGUCCCUGCCAACACAGCGCAUAUUACAGUUCUGUCAUGCCGGCUUCCGCACCAACAAAUUUUCCUUGAACCCCAGGGGCGAUUGGAUGUCCAUUGCGACGGCAGACGCUGGGCUAUUGAAUGCUUUUUUGUCCACCGCGGCUGUGCUACGCAAUCUCCAUCUUAGAAUUAAUGACCUCGAUGCCGUAGUCCAUCAUCGCCAGGAAGCUAUACGGCUAAUCAACCAGAGAUUAACUGUCGAACCAGGGACUUUGUCCCAGCAAGUAGUCGCUGCUGUCGCGGUGCUUGUGGCCGCCGAGGCCCUGGAUGACAACUUUGCCACCGCAUUAAUACAUAUGCGCGGCUUAUCCAAGAUGAUAGACAUCUGCGGAGGCCUCGCUAGCUUUGAUCAUUCUCCAACUCUCCAACGAGUGAUAAUAUGGGCCGACUUCUCCUUCUCUGUAACCUGGGGCACUCCACUCUCCUUUCCCUUAGUGCAGUCACUUUCACAUCCACUCCUCCGUUCACACAUCUUAAAAACUGAGACCGCCUCGCAACAAACGACUUCAAGCCCUUCAAACCACCCCGACCCUAAAACCCUUCUCCUUGAUACACUCACCAUACUCCAAAGCGUUUCCCAGCAAAUUACCGAAUUCCCAUUUACCGGCGGCGAUCCAACCGCCAUUGGCAAUACCAUUUACGUAGUCGAAUAUCGUCUUCUCACACUUAUAUUUUCGGAGAUCGGAAUUGGAUACGAUGGUAAUGAACCGUUUUAUGUCGCCGCUCUUCUUUAUUCUAUUCUCGCUAUACGCGAUUUCCCGCUGCAGGCUCCUAGGCACCGCGAGUUGAUAGACAGGUUAUCCGCGUGUCUUUUUCGAUGGCGAGAGUUGUCGUCGUUGUCGAUAGGUUCUGGGUUGAAUCAGUGUAUUCGUCUUUGGGUUCUGUUUAUGGGGGCUACGGUAUCAAAGGAUUCCACGACCCGUGCACUCGCCCUGCAGGGUAUCUCUGAAAUCAAUAGCGUGUUAGGGAUAGUAGAGUACGAGGACUUUGAAUCGAACCUGAAAAGAGUCUUGUGGAUGGAUUCGUUCUGCCGACAGCACUGCUUGCGUUUGUGGGAUGAUCUUGAAUCUAGUUUAUCUUUUGAUAGUGCAUAAUAGGC